GUCUGUCCCUAAGAUGAUAAGCCACAUGAAAAGCGUUUUCCAGCGGAGCGUUAAAUUUCUCAUUUGAAUCCUGUAACCCCCCCAACCUUCUUGAAGUGUUAACUGGGAAAAUAGCAAUAGAUUUUCAGUUGUAUCUAAGCCACGGACGAUAUGAAGUCCCCUCCAGAAAAGUCCAGUGGGAUUAUAUUUGUUAUAGUUUAUUUGAGUUUUUUCUUGGACAAUGUGCUUUUAACUGUUGUCGUGCCUAUAAUUCCUGAUUAUUUGUUCUCUAAUGAAAUAAAAAUGAAGGCAAAUAUAACUACUUAUCAUAGUGUAACCUCUCUUAGUCCUCUUCAAAGAAAAUAUGAGAGUAUUGAUAGUGAGAAUGGUGUUCUCGGAGCAUUGUUGGCAUCCAAAGCUUUUGUCCAACUGCUAUUCACUCCCUUUGUUGGAUAUGCUGUAACAAAAGUUGGUUGUUACUUACCUAUGUUAUUAGGAUCAUGCAAUAUACUUCUAGCUUCUUUACUGUUCGCCUAUGGUAAGUCCUAUGGUCUGCUUGUUCUUGCCAGAGCUCUACAUGGAAGUUCAUCUGCAGCAGUGUCUGUCAGUGGCAUGUCCCUUUUGGCUAAACACGUUCCGGUAGAACUAAGACCAAAGUUGAUGCCUGUAGCCUUUGGAGGCAUAGCCUUAGGAGUCUUGCUUGGUUACCCAUUUGGUGGGGCAGUAUACCAACAUCUUGGAAAACAAGCACCCUUCAUCCUCAUUUCCUUGGUCAUAAGUAUGAACAUAGGUCUUCAGCUGAACCUCAUAAACAGAUUCAGUUCAGAGGAAGAAGAUGAUACUGAAGAAUGUAUCUCUGAUGAUUUGGAACUUAUUAAUCUUUUGAAGGAUAAGAAAACAAUGAUAGCUUCAGGUGCUAUAUGUAUUAGCACCACCACUAUGGCUGUACUAGAACCUUGCGUACCUUUAUGGUUGAUGGGUCAUUUUCACCCUGCACCUCCUAGAUGGAUACUGGGUGCUGUAUUCAUACCAGACAGCAUAGGAUAUUUCCUUGGUUCACACUUUGGAGGUUUGCUUCCAAUUGAAGGUUGGAGAGUAGGACUAACAGCAAUGCUUAUCGGUGGUUUGAGCUCUUGUGGUCUUUCUUCAGCUACCACAAUUCCUCAACUAUUCCUACCACACUUUGGCAUAGGUUUGAGCGUUGGAUUAGUUGACGCUAUUUUAGUACCAUACCUCGCUACCAUAAUAGAUAACAGAGGCAGCUCAAAAUAUGGCUCUGUGUAUACCUUGCAGCAACUUGCUGUGAGUUUGGCAUAUUCUUUUGGACCUCUAUUGGGAGGUGAAGCGGUGAAUUUGAUUGGAUUCUCUUGGUUAAUGAAGAUAAUUGGGUUGCUGAAUGUCAUGUUCAGUCCUCUUCUGUUGGAAUUGGAAAAAAGUUCAAACCAGAAGGUGAGAAGAAGGGAUGGUUCUUUUGAGGAAUGAGAGUGAUACAGGCAGUAUGUACUCAAGUUUGAGAGAAGAACUUUCGAAUAUUGAUUCCUUGGAGAGCAACAGAACAGAAGAGUGAAUAAUGAAAUUACUUUGAUAUGUUUGGUUGAACAUUGAUUCAUGUAUUUCAUGUUUUGAAUAAAAACGCUUGAAACUUG